GAACACACCCACACCUCCAUUUGCUUGGCAGUACUGGGCUGCUGAACACCAGCGCACAGCAUCGUACCGGUACUGAGGAGCUCUGCCCAUGGGCUGGCGGCUGCUGCUGCUACUUCUGCUGCACGCAGUUUGGAAAGGUGCUCUGGGAAAAUCCCAUUCACUACACACCCGAGGAAUCAUUGAAUUGGCAGGCGCUAUAUCAUGUGGCACAGGACGGUCUCCCUUGGCAUAUAUUGGCUAUGGAUGUUACUGCGGACUGGGAGGACAAGGCUGGCCUAAAGAUAAAACAGACUGGUGCUGCCACAGGCAUGACUGCUGCUAUGACAAGGCAGAGAGAGAGGGCUGCAGUCCAAAGGCACAGCGCUACCAGUGGGUGUGCGAGCAGAAUGCUGUGCAGUGCGAUAACCUGACAGAUCAAUGUGAAAAAAUGGUGUGCCUGUGUGACCAAGAAGCAGCAAAGUGCUGGGGAACAGCCCCUUACAACCCACAGUUCAUCCUCUGGCCAGACUUUCUAUGUGGACAGACUCAUCCAACCUGCCAUUUCAAAUAUGAAGGGUCAAAAUAGUUUUUUAAGGAACUUUCUUCUAAUCCUCUGAAUCUGAACACACUGGAAUAAAAUUUUACCUCUUUUACCAAA